GUCUGAACCAUAUCCAUACAGCAAGAAGAUGGCUGAGAAGGCAGUGCUGGCAGCCGAUGGGCGCACCCUGAAAGAUGGCGGCACUUUGCAUACUUGUGCCUUAAGACUCCCAUUCAUCUAUGGAGAAGGAAGCCAAAUACUUUUGGGCAUAUUGAAUAGAGCACUUGAAAACAAUAGCGUUAUUGAAUAUUUUUCCAAAUUCUCUGUGGGCAAUUCAAUGUAUGUGAGCAAUGCGGCCUGGGCACACGUGCUGGCUGCCAGGGGCCUACGAGACCCCAAGACGUCAUCAAACAUCCAAGGGCAGUUCUACUACAUCUCUGAUGACACUCCUCACCAAAGCUUUUGUAAUUUAGCUUACAACCUGAGCAAGGAUUGGGGCCUCCGCCUCUAUUCUGGUUGGAGCCCUCCCCUGCCCCUGCUGUACUGGCUUGGCUUCCUGCUGGAAGUGGUGAGCUUCCUGCUGCGUCCAAUCUACAACUACCAGCCUCUCUUAACCCGCUACAGGGUCACAGUAUUAAAUAGUGUGUUCACUGUCUCCUACAAGAAAGCUCAGCGAGAUCUGGGCUACAAGCCAUUUGUCAGCUGGGAGGAAGCCAGGGAGAAAACUUCAGAGUGGAUUGGGUCACUAGUGGAGCAGCACAAGGGGACACUGAAUACAAAGACUCAGUGAUGUGACGAUGGCAGGGACACGGCCCUGGGUGCCUUCAGGAAAUAUUUGUCAGGUCCUCCAGAAGGGACAGAGGCACAACCAGGUCCUGUGGCCUCCCUUUCACACAGAGACCAACUCAGUCUCUUCUCAAGUCACCACAGCUUUGCCGGUCACUGCCCCAGCCACAGGCUUUCCUCAGCACCGUCCCAACCGCACAGGGGCUGUGGCGCCUCAGCUCCUAAUUCCAAACUAUUCGGACCCCAUGGACCUGAGAGCUCUCUCUUUUGCUUUCACCUACCCACUAAAAGCACAGGUUGUCCUUGCGAAACUCCAUUGCUUUAUGAAGCUCCAUAAAAGCAACAAUAAAUAUUUGGCAAUGCCUCACUU